CCUUGGCCCCAGCAGGGGUGGCUGGCUGCCCAUGGUGUGGCCUCAUGCUCGCUCGGUGUCCCAGCAGAGAGCUCUUCUUCUGUGGCUACCUUGGAUGCCACUUGGGCAGCAGCUCGUGUGGGACACUGGUGCAGUGACCACUGCCAGUGCCAGCUGCCAGAGCCAGCCAUCCCAGAAGACUCGUCACUUGAGACCUGUGGGUCAGGGAGGCAUGUCCAGCCCGGCAGCCUUGACCACACACUGCCAAGCACUGAAAUGGAUCUGGUGUGCCCCAAAGCCCUGAAUUUUAAACGUCAUCCAUCUGGUGUGUUGCCUCCAGUGCCCACCAGGGCUGAGCGUGGGCCUGGGCAGCAUGGUGCCCUCCAGCCAGGUGGCAGAGAAGGAGGCACCCGAGGAACCAGGACCUGGCUGUGAGCUCCAGUCGUGGCGGUGCCUGGUGUUCUACCUCUGCUUCUACGGCUUCAUGGCGCAGAUGCGGCCAGGGGAGAGCUUCAUCACGCCCUACCUCCUGGGGCCCGAGAAAAACUUCACCCCGGAGCAGGUGACCAACGAGGUCGUCCCGGUGCUGCCCUACUCCUACCUGGCCGUGCUGGUGCCGGUCUUCCUGCUCACUGACUACCUGCGCUACAAGCCGGUGCUGCUGCUGCAGGGCCUGAGCUUCGUGUGCGUGUGGCUGCUGCUGCUGCUGGGCCACUCCGUGUGGCACAUGCAGCUUAUGGAGGUCUUCUUCAGCAUUACCAUGGCCGCCCGCAUUGCCUACUCCUCCUACAUCUUCUCCCUGGUGCACCCCGCACGCUACCAGCGCAUGGCCAGCUACUCGAGGACCGCGGUGCUGCUGGGCGUCUUCACCAGCUCUGUGCUGGGCCAGCUGCUCGUCACUGUGGGCCAGAUGUCCUUCUCCACGCUCAACUGCAUCACCCUGGCCUUCCUCGCCUUCAGCCUGGUUCUGGCCCUCUUCCUGAAGCGUCCCAAGCGCAGCCUCUUCUUCAACCGCAGUGCGCCUGCACACGGAGCCUCGCCCCGCGAGCUGGACCAGAUGCACCCCAGCCCGGACCAGCCUGUGCGCGGGAAGCUGGGACGUGUCCUGGGCGCCUGCAGGGACUCCUUCCUGGUGCACAUGUUACAGGAGCUGCUGAGCAGUGUGCGGCGGCCACAGUUGCGCCUAUGGUCCCUCUGGUGGAUCUUCAAUUCUGCCGGCUACUACCUGAUAGUCUACUACGUGCACAUCCUGUGGAACGUGGUGCAUCCCACCAAAGACAGCACGCAGGUCUACAAUGGCGCGGCCGACGCCGCCUCCACACUGCUAGGUGCCAUCACAUCCUUUGCUGCGGGCUUUGUGAGUAUCCGCUGGGCCCUGUGGUCGAAGGCGGUCAUCGCGAGCGUCACGGCCACGCAGGCUGGGCUGAUCUUCCUCAUGUACAGCACCCACAACAUCUGGCUCUGCUACGCGGCCUUUGUGCUCUUCCGCGGUGCCUACCAGUUCCUCGUGCCCAUCGCCACUUUUCACAUCGCAUCCUCCCUGUCCAAAGAGCUCUGCGCCCUGGUCUUUGGGGUCAACACGUUCCUCGCCACCAUUCUCAAGACCUCCAUCACGCUCGUCGUAUCCAACAAGCGGGGCCUGCACCUCUCAGUAAAUUGUCAGUUUCACAUCUACUUCGUGUACUUCCUGGUGCUGUCCAUCAUCUACUUCUCAGGGGCCGCGCUGGACGGCCUGCGGCACUUCCAGCGGGGCUGCCACCAGCCCCUGCCCUUACAAGAGCUGAGGAGCCCCUCGGAGGAGAAGGCUGUGCAGGCGCAGAGCAUCCAGCAGGACCAGGGCCUCCUUCAGCCCCUGGAGGACAGCACGGAGGACAGCCUUGGGACCUCGGGGCCUGUGGCCAAGGCCUGACACGGCCUGACCUCCCUGUAGGUUCUGAUGGAGCAGCCCCUCUCAGGACCCUGUCCCCACAGGCCGACGUGGCCAGCAGCACCGGCAGACUCGCGGCAUGCAGGCGUGACCUUGCCUGUGGGAGCCCUCUGCAGGGCCUGGGGGCCCACUGUGGGCGGCCCGCCUUAGCUGCUGGCGGCCUCUGACCCCCGACCCCUCGGCCCUGUGUCGCACUCUGCUGGUAGCCGGAGCCUGCCAAGGACUCUCAGGGUAGCUGCCUGGCUGAGGCCCGCACCUUGGGCCACUGUGGGACUGGACUGCAGUUGCUUGCUGAGGUCCACCAGGCCUCUCUGCCUGCACCCACUGGGAGGCUGGGGGCAGAUCCUGUGUCCCUGGGGCUGGUGAGCUGGCCCCCUGGCCUGGCCCUCUUUAACUGUGACACGUCCGUCGUCCUGGGUGCGUGCAUUUUGGACGACGCGUGUUACACACAUGUGAAGUGAGGAACCCCAUCUGGCUUCUCUGAUGUGUGAGGAGCUGGUCUCGGGGGUGACAGAACACCCCAGCAGACGGAGCAGCGGCUUGGCGCCCCAGUGGGUCCUUCCCACCAGGGCUUCACCAGGGCCCUUGACUCUUCCCUCCAUUCCUGCAGUAGGUUAGUACUGACCUGAGUGAAGGGGCAGCUUGGAGCUGCUCAUACGCUUUGGACAGCCCAGAGAGGACUGGACAGGCAGCCUUGCUGUGAGCUGGGCUUGUUGGAGCAACAGGACCUGCCUUUUUGGGGAGGCAUGGGUGGCCUCAGGCCUCAGCCGUGUUGUCCCUCUGUGACGGAUGGGUCUGUUGUGAGUACUCCCCAAAUAAACCUUGAACCCAAGCAUGGCGGCUGUUGACU